AUGUGUCUCCGUUACUCCCUAUUCUUCAUCCUCUUCUGUCUCGUUGCAAUCCAAGGUUUUGCCAAGAAGACGGGAGACGUGUCGGAAUUGCAGAUCGGGGUCAAGUAUAAGCCAAAAACGUGUGAACUUAAGGCUCACAAAGGUGAUAGGAUCAAGGUGCACUAUAGGGGAAAACUUACCGAUGGAACCGUUUUCGAUUCGAGCUUUGAAAGAGGAGAUCCGUUCGAGUUUGAGUUAGGCAGUGGUCAGGUUAUCAAAGGUUGGGAUCAAGGCUUGCUAGGUGCCUGUGUUGGUGAGAAGCGCAAGUUAAAGAUACCUGCAAAACUUGGUUAUGGGGAACAAGGCUCUCCGCCUACUAUCCCUGGUGGUGCAACGCUGAUAUUUGACACAGAGCUUAUAGCGGUAAAUGAAAAACCAGCUGGGGGAGAAGAAAACGGAGAAGAUGGAGAUGACGAGCUAUGA